AUGACCACCCCCAGAGUAUUCAUCGUCCGCCACGGCGAAACAGAAUGGUCUCUGAACGGCCGACAUACCGGCACAACCGAGCUACCAUUGACUGCAAACGGAGAGAAGAGAAUUCUUGCAACAGGAAGAGCAUUGGUAGGUGAUGAUCGCUUGAUCGUACCACGGAAGCUUGCGCACAUCUAUGUCUCCCCAAGAAGGCGUGCCCAAAAGACUCUCGAACUCCUCUACCUUGGCUGCCGGGUCAAGCUUCCCUGGCAGGAGGAACGCUCGCAUCCUGAUUCCGACAUCCGCACGGAAGCCAGUGUGGAAAUCACGGAAGACAUCCGAGAGUGGGAUUAUGGCGAUUACGAGGGAAUCACAAGUCCGCAGAUUCGGGAAUUAAGGAAGAAGCAGGGUAUUGGUGGGCCCAAUGGGGGGUGGGAUAUCUGGAAAGAAGGUUGUCCUGGGGGCGAGUCUCCCGAGCAAGUCACGCACAGAAUUGAUCGACUUAUCGGGGAGAUACGGGAGAAAUAUCAUGCACCUGUUAUUGGCAAGCCCAAACACAGCGAUCUGGCUGGAGAUGUUCUUUUGGUAGCUCAUGGACAUAUCCUAAGAGCGUUUGCUAUGCGGUGGGCGGGAAAGACGCUGGCAGAUGGACCGACAUUCCUACUCGAAGCCGGUGGUGUUGGGACUUUGAGUUAUGAGCACCAUCAGCUGGAUGAACCGGCAAUACUGCUUGGAGGAGGAUUCAUGGUCGAUGUAGUAGAGAAGUCAGAGAAACUUGGACAAGAGGAGGGAGAACAUGAGAAGAAAUGAGAUAAUUUUUGAUGACGAUGGUAGGAUGACAUACGGUUUUGCAUUUAGAGGGUUUAGAAGCAAUGGGAUAAUGGCGGGGAUGACUUCCUGGACAUUCUAUUUCACAGUGCUUCCGCGCCUUCCAGGAUGCCGAGUGCCCGGCCGACCAAAUGCACACUGCCCGUGAUGAAAGCAUGAACCUUAGGCUCGCCCUGCUGCUUCAAGCUUCUGAUAUACUCGACAGCGUCCUCUACGCUUGGCAGCACUUUGAUGGUCGUCGAGGGAGCAGUACCAAGUUCUCUCCAUCUCUUUGCAAAUUUCUUCUGCAUUUCCAAUCCCGCUACAGCAGCAGUAUCGGUGGAAAGGUUCAUCGAAUCUGCAUGGUCAGUCUGAACAAGAGUGAGAGUGGCAGUUGUCCCAACCUCGAUUGCUCAGUUUAUCUGAUGGCACAGUUGGGCAGAAGAUAACAUGAUCAAAGGGCACGGAUCUCUGGGUAUUGAU